GGCCGCGUGGCGUCAGCGCAAGAUGGCGGCCUCGGCGGCGCUGUUCUCGCGCUUGCGGAGCGGGCUCCGGGUAGGCGCGCGGGGACUGUGCACGCGGCUGGCGCCGCCGCCUCCCCGCACUCCGGAGCAGGUUGCUGAGAUCGCCAGCCGUGGGGGCUCAAAGCCUCAAGGGCCACAGCCUCAGCCGGGCUCAGAGGGCCCCAGCUAUGCCAAAAAAGUUGCACUCUGGCUUGCUGGUUUGCUUGGGGCUGGUGGGACUGUCAGCAUCGUCUAUAUUUUUGGAAACAACCCUGUGGAUGAACAUGGUACCAAGAUUCCUGAUGAAUUCGACAAUGAUCCAGUUCUGGUUCAGCAGUUGCGCCGGACAUACAAAUAUUUCAAAGAUUACAGACAGAUGAUCAUCGAGCCCACCAGCCCCUGCCUCCUCCCAGACCCGCUGCGGGAGCCCUACUACCAGCCACCGUAUACACUGGUCCUGGAGCUCACUGGGGUCCUUCUGCAUCCGGAGUGGUCGCUGGCCACUGGCUGGAGGUUUAAGAAGCGUCCAGGCAUCGAGACCUUGUUCCAGCAGCUUGCCCCUCUGUAUGAAAUAGUCAUCUUCACGUCGGAGACUGGCAUGACUGCAUUUCCACUCAUUGAUAGUGUGGACCCGCAUGGCUUCAUCUCCUACCGUCUGUUCCGGGACGCCACCAGAUACAUGGAGGGACACCAUGUAAAGGACAUUUCCUGUCUGAACCGGGACCCGGCCCGAGUGGUAGUGGUGGACUGCAAGAAGGAAGCUUUCCGCCUCCAGCCCUACAACGGCGUCGCCCUGCGGCCGUGGGAUGGCAACUCGGACGACCGCGUCCUGCUGGACCUGUCUGCCUUCCUCAAGACCAUCGCACUGAACCAAGUGGAGGACGUCCGGACAGUGCUGGAGCACUAUGCUCUAGAGGAUGACCCGCUGGAGGCCUUCAAACAGCGGCAGAGCCGGCUUGAGCAGGAGGAGCAGCAGCGCCUGGCCGAGCUCUCCAAGUCCAGCAAGCAGAGCCUGUUCUUUGGCUCCCUGACCAGCCGCCUGUGGCCUCGCUCUAAGCAGCCCUGACUGCCGGGCCUCCUCAGACUUGGUGCCUGGGCCUCAGGCCCCAGACCUCACAGAGCAAGGUUUGGACAGCUGUGUGUCCAAUAAAGCGCAUCCCAGAUGCCACAAUGCCUGUGUCCAGAGAGUCCAGAUGGGGCGUCGGGGCGUCACCACCGUGACUGAGCGCCACCACUAGGCACAGUGAGUGCUUGGUCGGAUUGGGGCGCCUGCAGCCUGGGAAACUGAAAGCCUGGGUUACUGCUGCACCAUUUACUGUAAGAGCUGCAAAGAAAAGCAUCUCUCUCUCUCUCUCUCUCUCUCUCUCUGGCUCUGGAGUCCUUGUGUGCUGUGGAAAUAAAGAGAGUCAUGGCCUCUCGGGACCCAUCUCAAGGGCUGCUCCGCCUAGC